GUUUCUUCUUCUCGGCGCGGAGGCGGGAAGAAGAGAAAAGAAAGAGAGAGAGAAAAAAAAAAAAAACAUCACCGAGACUAGAGCGAGGAGAAGAGAAAGGGAUGAAAAAUGAAGGAGCGGAGGACCGUCGACGAGAAUUACACCCAAUGGAAGUCUCUGGUUCCCGUCCUCUACGAUUGGCUCGCCAACCACAACCUUGUUUGGCCUUCUCUCUCCUGUCGAUGGGGCCCGCAGCUUGAGCAAGCUACUUACAAGACUCGACAACGACUUUAUCUUUCCGAACAGACUGACAGUACUGUGCCAAACACCCUUGUAAUAGCAAACUGUGAGAUUGUUAAACCUAGGGUAGCAGCUGCGGAGCACAUAGCACAGUUUAAUGAAGAAGCUCGCUCCCCCUUUGUGAAGAAGUAUAAGACUAUUAUACAUCCUGGGGAGGUAAACAGAAUCAGAGAACUCCCACAGAACAGUAAGAUAGUGGCCACUCACACUGACAGUCCAGAUGUCUUCAUUUGGGAUGUUGAGGCCCAACCCAACCGACAGCCUUCCUUGGGAGCUACAGUUUCUCGUCCAGAUUUGAUAUUGACUGGGCAUAAAGAUAAUGCUGAAUAUGCUCUUGCCAUGUGCCCAACUGAACCUUUUGUGCUAUCUGGAGGAAAAGACAAAUCAGUGGUUUUGUGGAGCCUUCAUGAUCAUAUCUCAACUCUGGCUGCAGACCCUGGUUCAAAUACUAAACAUGCCUCUAAGGGUGGUGGGAGUACUGAUAAACCUAUAAACAGCCCUUCUAUUGGGCCACGAGGUAUCUUCAAAGGGCAUGUGGAUACUGUUGAAGAUGUACAAUUCUGCCCAUCGAGUGCUCAGGAGUUUUGUAGCGUGGGAGAUGAUUCUUGCCUUAUACUAUGGGACGCAAGAGUGGGCUCUACUCCUGUUCUGAAGGUUGAGAAAGCUCACAACAGUGAUCUGCAUUGUGUUGAUUGGAACCCCCAUGAUGUAAAUCUCAUUUUGACAGGGUCUGCUGAUAAUACUGUUAACAUGUUUGACCGUCGAAGACUAACUUCAGGCAGGAUUGGGUCUCCUGUUCAUAAGUUUGAGGGUCAUACUGAGGCUGUCCUUUGUGUGCAGUGGUCUCCACACAAGUCAUCUGUCUUUGGAAGUUCUGCUGAGGAUGGGAAUUUAAAUAUAUGGGAUCAUGAGAAGAUUGGGAAAAAGCAAGAUACUGCUGGAUCGGGAACACCAAAUCAUCCUUCCGGCUUAUUCUUCCGACAUGCUGGGCAUAGAGACAGGGUGGUCGACUUCCACUGGAAUGCAUCUGAUCCUUGGACAAUCGUCAGCGUGUCAAAUGAUUGUGAAAGUACUGGCGGAGGUGGUACCUUACAGAUAUGGCGGAUGCUUGACUUGAUUUACCGGCCUGCAGAGGAGGUCCUAGCCGAGCUGGAAAAGUUUAAAUCUCACAUACUUGGCUGUGAAUAAAACUAGAUAAGUGGUAACAUAACUUGAGUACUUAAUCUAACUCCAGCAAAACCUUCAAGUUGCAAUUGUAUGCUAUUUCCGUUGAAGCAUAACGCUUACCAGUUAACUAUCCUUUUAAUUCCCGAACACUAUUCUGUUGCACUCUUUCUUCAUUACACUCAGUUCCUAAUUCGGAGUGUUCCACACUUAAAUGUCAUACGUAGGGAUGAAAUCUUGAUACCAAUUUUGUAGGGUUUGCCCCACAAGAUAUGUCCAAAAUGGGGCGUGGAUGUCCCCAAUCUUUAUGAAAAGUGUUCAGGCAUUAAAAUUGAAUCGUGUUU